UUUUUAUUUCUCUCCUAGAAUCAUCACACCUGGGACUGUUAUCACUACUCCCUCCAUAUCCACCUCAAAUUCCCCUCUGCUUUCUUCCUCUCCUUAAAAAAAAAUGUCAAUCUCUAUUUCUUCUUCCUCUUCUUCUUCAAUUUCUCUUCAUUCUCACACUCUGAAAAACCAUUUCAUUACUUACAUUCACAAUAUCUCUAUUUUCCCACUUCACACCCACUUCAAUUCUUCACCAUUUUCCCAAAAAUUCUCCAUAAAAUGCACAACAAAUAACAACAACAAUGAAGCUGUUUCUUCUUCUUCUACUCAAAAAAAUUCAAGAAAACUUGGAGUCUCAGUUUACAAACCAAAAUCAUAUGAAGUUCUUGUCACUGAUGCUGCUAAUUCUUUGGCAUGUGCUCUUGAUGAUGGUAAAACUCGGCUCGAAAUCGAUUUUCCGCCUUUGCCUACCAGUAUUUCUUCAUAUAAGGGAUCUUCAGAUGAGUUUAGUGAUGCCAAUGUUCAACUUGCGUUGGCUGUUGUUAGGAAGCUUCAAGAGAAAAGGGAUACACGAGCUUGCAUUGUGUUCCCUGACAAGCCCGAACAGCGUAGAGCUUCAGAAAUAUUCAAAUCAGCUAUCGACUUGAUUGAUGGGAUCACUAUUGGUUCUUUGGAUGAUAUUCCCACUGGUCCUGUUGCUUCCUUCUUUAGGUCUGUAAGGAACACACUUGAUUUUGAUUUUGAUGAUGAAAAUGAAGGGAGGUGGGAGUCUGACACACCACCAACUCUUUUUGUAUUCAUCAGUUGCAGCACCCGUGAACUUGCUACCAUCGAGAUAUAUUUGGAAACAUUUGGUGCAUCAACACCUGCCCUUUUAUUUAAUCUGGAGCUUGAGACAUUGCGAGCUGAUCUUGGACUUUUUGGUUUUCCGCCCAAAGAUUUACAUUACCGAUUUCUUUCUCAAUUUGUUCCGGUUUUUUAUAUUCGAAUAAGAGAUUAUUCUAAGACAGUGGCAGUAGCACCAUAUAUCUUGAAUUACACAGGGGCACUAUUUCGUCAAUAUCCCGGGCCUUGGCAGGUGAUGCUUAAGCAAUCGGACAAUUCGUUUGCUUGUGUUGCAGAAAGUGAAACCCGCUUCACUCUUAACGAGACCAAGGAAGAACUAUUGCGGGUCCUUGGACUGAAGGAGGAACAAGGAAGCCAACUUGAAUUCCUUCGCAGAGGAUACAAGACUGCAACAUGGUGGGAGGAAGAUGUUGAAUUAGAGCUAUAUUCAGCAUGGCGUAACUGAAUUGAGCCCAAUAAAAACACAAGGAAAAUGAAAGAGAUCGUUUCAAGAGGCAUGGUGGUGAACUGGCCUAGUCAUGAUAAUUUCUUAGCAUUUUCACAUGUAUAUCAGUACACAAUUUUUCCUUUUAUUAUUUUCUAUAGUUUUUUCAUCUUUCAUUUCUGUCAAAACACCUCCUAUAGGUCAUAGUGAGAACAUAUGUAUAUGAAUAAUCUAUAUUAUGCCAAGAUAGUAAAAGUUCUAUCAAA